AGCGCCCAGAGCCCCUGCUGCAGAUGAAACUUGAAGAAGAGGCUGUGGAGAGUUAGCACUUAAACUUUAUCUCAUCCAGACUCAGCAAAUCCCCUCAGAGCUAAACUCCAGAACCGGGACGGACCAUAAAACACCACGAAGAUGCUGCCGCUGCUGCUGCUCAUCAUCGCUUUACACAGUCACAUGUGUCUGUCAGUGACAGUAAGCACCAGCAAGCCCAAAGUGGAGAUCCAUGAGCACACAGACGCCGUGUUGUCCUGUGAGUUCAAGACGGAAAAAGAUCAGAACCCUCGAAUUGAGUGGAAAAAGAAAGGAAAAGGAGUGACUUUUGUUUAUUUUGACAAGAAAUUUGCAAAGUCCUACGCAGGUCGGGCUAAGAUAGAGGGAGCGACGCUGACGAUUCACUCCGUCACCCAGAAAGACUCGGGGGAAUAUCGCUGUGAGGUAACUGCCAGUGAAGACCACGUUAACCUCGGAGAGGCCACUGUGACCCUCAAUGUGCUCGUGCCUCCUCACGUCCCGUCAUGUGAGGUACCGAGCUCGGUGUUUGUCGGCACCGGCCUCGAUCUGUUCUGUAAGGACAAGCUCAGCGUACCGCCGGCCACCUACCGCUGGUACAAAGACAAUACGGCUCUGACAGCCACGGGAGACGCUCCAUACAGCAUCGACACAAACAAGGGAACAUUGAAGUUCAAGAGCGUGUCCAAAGAAGACACAGGGAUGUAUCGCUGUGAGUCCUCCAACAGUGUGGGGGCGCCAAAGAGUUGUGUAGCCAAGCAGCUCACAGUUGUUGAAUAUCCAUGGAAUAUGACGAUGUUGAUAGCAGGUGCGUCAGGAUUUGUGGCGCUGAUCCUUUUCUGCUGUGUCAGCAUCUGCAUCUGCCGCCGCAGAGGCUGCUGCAAGAAAAGCAGGAAGACGAAAAGCUCCAAGUCCUACAACCCUCCUCCGCCUCCCCCGCCUCCUCCCACCCGCAACUUCAAGCACUACAAACAAACUCAGUCCUUCAUGAUCUGAGGGGACGACGACGAGUUUGUCAAAUAACCAAAGUGUACAGCAGGAACGCUCAGAGGCUCUGCUGCUGGUGCAGAAAUCUUCAGCUUUCAGGCGAAGCAGAUGUUUCCUUCCUGAGUUGCUGGUUCUGUCCAGUGGAAGUCCCAAUGAUACAAAGACAAGUGUACAGCUUCAUUACUUUUCCAUAUGAUAUUUGUCAUUUAACGUUUUUCACUUCUUGUUUUGAGAGCAGAUGUUAAGCUCUUUAAGUCAGUGUAUAUCUUAUUUUUGGUAAAACUGUAUAUAUAUAUAUUUGGUUAUAAAUGCUUCAUGUUGGUUUUGGUUGACUUAGACAUGUAAUAUUUAAUGUUUCUAGUCUUUUUUCUAGCAUUUAAUUGAGCUGUUUGUUGAUCUGAUGCUGUUUUUCUUGUAAACAUUUUUUUUUAAAUAAUUGUUUGAACAGGUGUCUGCACACACUGAACAGUAUUUUAGAAGUUUUAAAAUCUUUCUUGCUUAUAUUUUUGAGAAAUCUUAGCUUAUACCCAAUAAAGACUGCUGGGUAAAUAUGCACAUUGGGUUUAAUGGCGCUCAGACUGGAUUAGACAAAGUGUAAAGCAUCAGUCGGUGCUCCAAACAAAUCUGAUGCAGAUUCAGAUUUGUAUCCCAAAUGGGCAAUUGAUGUUACAGCAAGUAUUAAAAACUAAAUGGCAAAAUAUCAACUAUUAAAAAAUAAAAAAUCAUGUCAAAAGGACAUGAAAUACAAAUCAAUACAUAAUGAGAAGAGUACAGCAGACGUAUUUAUUAAUUACUUACCGACAGUUGCUACAAACACUAGAACUUGUACCUGUUACUUUUCAUACUAAGAAGUCUGAGCCUGAUGCCAGAAGCCAGAAACUGGAUCUCAGCAUGUAAAGGAUGAGAAGUAUCAACAAUAAUUGCUUUAGUUUCCCUAAUGAUUUGUUUUUUUGAACAGUUCUGCAAGUGAGCAUUGUUCAACUCCAAAGAUCUCAUUACUAGUGUGUAUGACUCUGCUAAGGGCAUUUUUUGAAACCAACAGAGGAGGGAAAAAGGCAACAUAAGUUCAACGUAUGAUCUAUAAAAUAGAAUCAUCAAUGACUCAUCAACUUGAAACUUUGCGAGCCUCCUUAGACAAAAUCAUCUUUGCUGGCCCUUUUUUUUGUAGGUUUUCUGAAAGGCAGGUAAAUUUUAACUUAUUAUCCAAAAUAGUCCCAAGAUAUUUGUAGUUUUCUACUGUCUCCAGUGUCUGAUACAUAAUACUGAUGUUUUUCCUCCAUUUAGACCAAAGAUGAAACUGAUGGUGGAGGUGCAGAAAUCGCUCACAUAUGCAGGGAAGCUAAACAGAUGUGAGAAAGUCAGAUGUUAUACUAUAUAUAUUUGGUUAUAAAUGCUUCAUGUCCUAGAUGUUAUACUAAUGGCAUUAAUAACACAUUACAGUCAGGCUUUCCUUUACACUAAUGUUUUUCAAAGAUGUUAUGAUCUGGUGACGCUCAAAUAAUCUUGGAAAGCCUGAAUAACGGAGUGCUGUGUUAAACUGCAGCCUAACUCACACACAUUUUGACAUCUUCUCCAUUUCAUUUGAAUAAAUGUGAGAUAAACUCUG